AUGGGCCAGUUCGUAUCAACGCCUGGUGCCGUUGGACGACAUGGAGGCAAGAUACCAGGAGCCUACGACUUUGAGAAGGAAGACCGCCGUGUGUUCGAGCAUGCUCGCCAUAUCAACAUCCAAGGCGGGGUCUUCAAUAAUAAUCGAUAUCAUGUCCAUAUCAACAGCCAUACCUCAACAGUCUCCCCAGAAAGACGUCCGGGCGCUGGGAAGACUGUUCUUGCAUCGACGAUCAUCGAUGACUUGCUCCCUCUCGAGGAGGAUUAUGAGCGGACCUGUGUGCUGUUUGUUUACAGCAGGUACACUGAACCGCUUUCUGUCACCGACAUAAUCAAGUCUUUGAUCAAGCAGUGCAUCGAGCGCAACCACGAUCUCGCGGGUGUCGUCGCACCAACCUACAGCAAGCACAAGCUUGAAGGAACGGAGCCAUCGGUCGACGAGCUUGUUCGCUUGCUCCGGACCUUGGAAAGCUACUUCGAUCGAGUGUACUAUGUCAUCGACGGUGUGGACGAGGCGCAUCUCGACGUCCGCUUCGACCUCAUCCAAGUUAUCAACAAACUGAAAGGCAACAUCAUGCUGACAUCCCGACCGCUUGAUGAUCUGGGAGGUGACCUCAGUCACGCUGUCUUUUGCACGUUGACGGCCCAGGACAGUGAUAUCGAGUUGCAUAUGGAAGAGAAACUCGGACGGUUCAAGCAAUUGGGUCGAGUAUUGGACCAGAAUGACUGUAGGAAGGAGAUAUUGGAGCAGAUAAUAGAGAAAGCCGAAGGAAUGUUUCUCCACGCGGCCCUUCAGCUCGAGAGUAUUCAACAUUGCCGUACGCUCCAAAGCGUGAAGACCAAACUAGCCGAGUUCCCGAUUGGUAUCCAAGGGGUGUAUGCGGCCAGUUUGCAGCGAAUACAGGACCAAGACCCAGAAUCUCGCGAGCUGGCUAUGCAAAUUCUCUUCUGGCUAGCCUUCGCUCGUGGUCCGCUCUCUAUGCAGGAUUUGAGAUACGCACUGGCAACAGACCCUGAAACAGGGGCGUUUUCGCCUGAACGGAUGCCAGACGAAGCAUCUGUACUUUCGGUGUGCUGCGGGCUGGUCGAACACCACACAAGCAAUAUUGUCCGCCUAAUUCAUUAUACCGCCAAAGAUGCCCUCGUCCCCCUUCUUCUCGAAGAUUAUCCCCAACCACAUAUCCUAAUCACCCAGGUCUUGAUUCAACGUCUUGUUUCCGGUGGAUUACUCCAGGCGGAUCUUAAAGAGCUUGAAGAACUUCACGAUGCAUUGGAGGAGCAACCGCUUCUCCAAUAUGCUCACGAACAAAUAGGCGCUCACAUUGGGGAAUGUCACUCUGACUCGGAGUUAACCGCCUUAGUCAAGGACUUUCUGUUGCGAUGCAACAGAUUCCCUGUCGAUGUCUUGGACAGCCUUGAUCUCCUCGACCCCCCUCAUGUCGCUGCUCACUACGGCCUUUGGCCUUACUUCGAGUUUCUCGCGGACAACGGUUGGAACCUUAAUUCAAAGACGAAGUAUCUGGAACAGACCCCGCUGCAUCUAGCGGCUCUCAGCGGAGACGAAAUGGCUGUACAACACCUGCUUCAACUGAACAUCGACCCUAACAUUAUAACGAAGCAGGGGCAUAGUGCGCUAUUUUGUGCAACCGCCUCAGGCCACCAGGGUGUUGCGCUCCAGCUUCUCCAAAUCCCCGGAAUCGAGGUCAAUGCAGCGAGCUCCCCUCAAGGAUUAACGGUGCUGAUGUUGGCGGCGGCCCAAGGCCACGCCGAUAUCGUCUCUCUACUACUCCUAAUCCCCGGAAUCGAGGUCAAUGCGGCGAGCUCCCCUGAAGGAAUGACGGCGCUGAUUUCGGCGGCAGUCCAUGGCCACGUCGAUGUCGUCUCUCUACUCCUCCAAUUCCCCGGAAUUGAGGUCAAUGCAGUGAACGUUCACAAUGGAGUGACGGCACUCAUGCUGGCGGCUAUGGAAGGCCAUGCCGAUAUUGUCUCUCUACUCCUCCAAUUCCCCGGAAUUGAAGUCAAUGCAGCGGACUCCCCCCACGGAGCAACGGCGCUCAUUGCGGCGGUGAACAAAGGCCACACCGAUAUCGUCUCUCUACUCCUCCAAUUCCCCGGAAUAGAAGUUAAUGCAGCGAGCUCCCGGGAAACCGAGGGAGUGACGGCGCUCAUUCUGGCGGCAAGCAAAGGCCACGCCGAUAUCGUCUCUCUACUCCUCCAAUUCCCCGGAAUCGAGGUCAAUACAGCGAGCUCUCCUCAUGGAAUAACAGCAUUGAUGGCGGCGGCGGUCCAAGGCUACGUCGAUGUCGUCUCUCAACUCCUCCAAUUUCCCGGAAUCGAGGUCAAUGCAGUGACCGUCGACGAUGGAGUGACGGCGCUCAUGCUGGCGGCGAGCGAAGGCUCCGUCGAUGUCGUCUCUCUACUCCUCCAAUUCCCCGGAAUCGAGGUCAAUGCAGUGAGCUCCGUCGAGUAUGGAGUGACGGCGCUCAUGGUAGCGGCUAUGGAAGGCCACGCCGAUGUCAUCUCUCGACUCCUCCAUUUUCCUGGAAUCGAUGUCAGUUCAGCGGGUUCCACUCUAGGCGCGACUGCGCUGCUGUGGGCGGCGAAGAACGGCCAUGUCGAUGCCGUCUCUCGACUCCUGCACCAUCCUGGUAUCGAUCCCCACCACCGAUGCAAUCAUCACUUGACCGCGCUCGCCCUAGCGUCGCGCUUCGGUCACUACGAUGUUGUUCGCCUACUACUCGAGUGUGAUGGUACCGACGUCAAUUCGGCUGACCGAGACGGGAACAGUCCCUUAAUUCUGGCUUCGGACGAGGGUAACCAACUGGUUGUGGAGCUCCUUCUCCAGUCCCAGGGAAUCGACCUUGAUCUCAAGAAUAACAAAGGACAGACAGCCCUCUCAGCGGCGCAGGAAAAGGGCCAUGAAGAAAUUGUGGCGAAGCUUAUCGAGUUUCAGCGAAAGUCGGGUUUUGGGAGAGAACCUGGAGCUGCAGCUGAUGAGGCCGGUGUACAAACAGUAGAGGAUUCGCGUGCAUCGUACUUGAGGUUUUGA